AGGGAGGAGCCUGAACAUAAACCAAACAACCCUCCACACCCUGCAGUCUGUGGAAGUUCCUCCGCAUUCCUGCCAUACACACACACAUACACACACACAGGCAGAAAGCUGGGAGGAACCACACACUGAGGCUGGGAGUUUGGAGGGGGUGUGGGCCUUCUGUAGGACCAGAGACCAGAACCUCAUCAUCAACGCUCCCUGCCAGCCUCAGCAUGAGUAAGGCAGGUGGUGAUGAAGGUGGUGGGGGCAGCAGCAGUGAAACAGCCCAGCAGCCGGAGGAUAAGUCCCCAUCGGAGAAGGUUCUGAGCAAACUGAGUGCUGCCAGCAUUGGACCAGGUUGGACUAAAGUCAGUUGCCCCUGCUGUCAAUCGGAGCGGGUCGAGCCGCUGGUUCUGGUGAAGCUCGGAGAGAAAGUUCGCCCUGAGACAAAAAGGUGGCUCAUCAGAGUGAUUGGAACUCCUCAGAAAGAUGGAGGUGCUGCAUUACUGGCCCACCCCGGUGAGGACGCCACUGGUGACAUCAUUGUGGUCUCUGCCCCACGCUGUACGUUACUUAAAGCUACUGAAGAGUUGGGUCUAUGUAAGACUUACAGUAAGGGGGACAUGGAAGCCUUACCUAACGGGGACAUGGAAGCCUUCUCCUACAACGACAAAGACAACUUUAAAGAUUCAGACAACAUGGAGGCGUUCCUGACUCUGGCGGAGCGGCAGUACAUAGUGAAGUAUGAGCUGGACGGUCUGCGGGCGCAGAGAGACGUGAGAAUCCCGGGUCUGUGUGACAGCUACACACUGCACCACCGGGACAACAUCUGGCAGAAGCUUAUGUCAGCUGGUGUUGUCGUGGACACGUUUCCCCUCCAUAACACAGACAAACUGAAGAAACUCAGUGAGGCCUGGUAUGCUGGGAAUCAGCUGGUUCAGCCUCUGGAUUCAGUCAAUGAGUAUUUUGGAAGCUCUGUGGCUUUCUACUUCAGCUUCCUUGAUUUCUACACCUGGUCUCUGCUCCCACCAGCACUACUGGGCCUGUCCAUCACAUACUUCUCAGGUGAAGUUCAGAAGCAAAUGGGGGAGUCCAUCUCCAGCUCACCAGGUGCUGAAUAUGACUCAGGCCCAACAGUUGGCGGUCACCUGAUCCAGGCGGUCUUCAGCAUGCUGUGGUCCACGGUGGUCAUGGAGCUGUGGAAGCGUCGGAGCUCCGCCCUGUCUUAUCGCUGGGGGACCCUGCACCUUACCGAGCGCUUCGCAGAGCCCCGACCUGGUUUCCAUGGCGAAGUCGGGGUCAACCCUGUGACUGGUCGUAUGGAGCCACUCUUUCCUGAGUGGCAGAGGGACAUGCGCAUGGCACUGAUGUCGCUCCCAGUGGUGGGGCUGUUUCUAGGGCUGGUGAUACUGGGUAUGCUUUGUUUCUACUGGGGGGAGGCCCAGGUGCAACAGCUACACACAGACUGGGACUCCAUGCUGUCUCAGACGUUGCUCUACAUGCCCUCAGUGCUCCACAUCGUCUAUACAAAUGUACUGGCAACAGUUUACAAGCUGGUGGCCCAGUCUCUGACUGAAUAUGAGAACCACAGAGAGGAGUCUGCCUUCCAGAAUCAUCUGACAGCCAAAGUCUUGGUGUUCACCUUCUUCAACUACUUUGCAGUGCUCUUCCACAUUGCCUUCUUCAAGCAGGAUGUGCCUUUGCUUCGAAAGCGUCUAGCAUCUUUACUGAUAGUGACGCAGCUCGUGAACCAGGUGACAGAGGUGGUCAUUCCCUUCCUGGUGGACCGCUUCAUCAGCGCCCCCAACAGGACAGAGAGUGAAGACGACCCAGACGAGGACAAAUUUAGGAACCAGAGCACCCUGCCUCCUUUCCCUGGCUUGUUUGCAGAGUAUAUCGAGCUCCUGGUGCAGUUUGGAUAUUUGAGUCUUUUCUCCUGCGUGUAUCCUCUGACGGCUGUGCUGCUGCUCAUUAAUAACCUGACAGAGAUCCGAUCGGACGCCUACAAGAUCUGCAAUCUCUUCCGGAAACCCUUCUCCGCCCCUGUGGCCAACAUGGGCGUGUGGCGGAUUGCUUUCGAGGUCUUGAGUUUUGUCUCCGUUGUGUCCAACUGCUGGCUGCUGCUGCUGUCACCAUGGUUACAAAAUCAGUUUAAGGAGGGUGGGCUGAGCAGCACAAACAUUCUGCUGUUGGCUGUUUUGGUGGAGCAUGUUCUGAUCAUGGUGAAGGUGGUUUUGGCGGUACUGAUCCCUGAUGAACCGGACUGGAUCCGCAAAAAGAGAGAGCACAUUGAGUACAUGUCCAGGCAGGCCUUGAGAGAGCAGAAAGUCCAUUCUGAAGAGUGAUCGCGUUUCAAAGUGUUGCGGUGUUGUUUUAUGCUGUUAUGUAACCAGAAGACAGUACUAACCUCAGUGUUGGGUGGGCCCUCAGAGGGGAGUUUUAGAUCCCAAGCAGGGCCCACAAUGCAUCCUGCUGUGCCCCUUAGUGGGGAGGCAUAGCUUAAUAUAUCAUACCAAUUGUUCAUUUUGUGAUAAAAGCACGAAAUUUGGCAGAUGUGUUGAUAAAUAUAUUGGGAACAAAACUGGAUAUUGGGCCAACACAAACUCAGACCCUGGUUGCCGUGGCAGCCAUUUUUAAAAAUAGUCUCACUUUGCACCGCAUUACGUCAACUUCCCGAUAUGAUAUCCUGGCAUGCCUCUUACCAAUGGAUUCCUUAGAAUCUUUUUUCAUAACAUAGUUACAUAAGAUAGAUAUGAUGUGACAAUGAAAACAUCAGAAUGCUAAGGAGUUCAUUUAUUACAAUAUCAUGCAGAGGCAAUCUAAACAUUUUGUUGCAUUUUCUUUGAUUUAUUAUUGUUUUACAAAAAACAACAAAAUAUUUUCACUUGAACUUCUAUGUAAUUAAUAUUUGUGGUGUUGUAAACAUGUAAACAGCAGCUUGGAGGCCCAGGUUCUAUCUACUUGUAACAGCUGGCCGACAUUUUGGAAAAUUGUCGGCCAUGGUCAUCCAAAUGUGAAUAUGCGAUGGCCCAAUUUCCAGUCUUUUUUCAAAUAUAUUAAGCUACAUAUGUACCAAAUUUGGUGCUUUUAUCAUAAAACGAUCAUUAGGUUAGCUAUGCCUUCCCACUACCUGUACACUUUAGUGUUUAUAACAUGGUGCUUCUGCAAUGUACACCAUUUAAAAUGCACACUCAUAUUACACGUACACUGCAAGUGCAAUUAUCGAAACAGCAGCUAAAAGGUGUUUUUUUUCUCCCAAUAUUAGGCUGCAAAUAGAAUGUAUUAGUCAUGUGUGCUUUAAAAACUGUGUUAUAAUAACAGAGGUUUUCACAGUGUUUGUUCGGAUUUAACGAGAGUAACCUGAAGAGCUCUUAUAAAACCACUUUAGCUGUACACUUACACCAGUAAGGGAUGGAAAGGACAAAGUAUUUGAUACCAUGGGCAGGGCAGACGAAAGAAAAUGUUACAUUUUCUGGAUUAGAACUCUUUCAGGAGAAGUGUUUUUGCUCAUAUUACCGAGUGAUAAGCUACAGUUAGUGUUCAGGAUUCAUAUUUACAGGACAGUAUCAUCACUGGAGGGACAAUAGAUAAUAAAAUAAGAUGAGUUAAGAUCUAGUGGCUAUAGUUAUUAUGACAGGAAUGACAGGGACAGUGCAAAAACAACAAAUAUAAAUGAAAGACAGUCUAUGAAGCAGAUUUAAUCAAUAUUUAAAUGAAAGGGAUGGCUCAUAAUAAUAAAACCCCAGAGAAUAAUCAUCCCACAGUGCAGCUUCACUCAGUCAGUUAAGCAUUUUAGCAUCGUUUAGCUUUAGCUAACAGCGCUGCAACUUAAGAAAACACAUGCAAAUACACAAAACACAAGCAAACUGAGAAAACAUCUUCAUCAGUUUGACAACACAAGCGCAGCAUUUAGAAAACAAGGAAAACAAAGACGACAACACAACAGAAGUGAUGCAAACGUCUGGACACAAAUGUAAUAUUAUCACGUUAUUUCAAGAUCAUGAUCAUUUCACGUUAUAAUGUGAUAUAUAGCGUUUGUCUCUCUCAAUGCACUGAGCAAGGUUAUUAUAGUUCUAUAGUUCUAUAACGAAAACUAAUGAAAUAACGAAAACUAGAAUUGAAAAAACAUUUUCAUUAACUGAAAUAAAAAAAAGAUAACUAACUGAAACUAUAUUUUGUGGUUACAAAACUAACUAAAACUAGCUAAAAUUAUAGUGAAAAUGUCCUUAGUUUUCGUCUUUGGUUUUUAACUUUUUUCGUAUUUAAACCUUUUUGGUUGAUAUGAAAUCUAUUUCAUCUAUCUGGUUUUAUGACUUAAUAAACUUAUUGGGGCUGAGAUGGAUCAGACAAAGGAAAUAAAGAUUGAUUGUGACUUUUUUGAUUCUGGCACCCAACAAAUACCCCAUUACAAAAAACCUAAAACUAACACUAAAACUAAUAAAAGCUAAACUAAAACUAAGCAUUUUCCAAAAGAUAAAAACGAAUUAAAACUAACUGAAUUUGAAAACAAAAAAAAUUCAAAAAAUUCACAAUGAAAUUAAAACUAAAACUAAUGAAAAACCAAAACUAUUAUAACCUUGGCACUGAGUUGGUCUUGCUCUUGCUAGCCAGCUAACACUAGCACACUAUCAAUUGCCGGCUUACGUUAGUACACUAUGAUCGGCCGCAAAUGUUAGCACGCUAGUGCUAGCCCGCAUGUGCAUCACUUUUAAAUGUCCUCUGGAAACACUUCUGUUGUGUUGUGGUCUUUGCAGCAUUUUCUAAAUGCUGCGCUUGUGUUGUCAAACUGAUGAAGAUGUUUUCUCAGUUUGUGUUUUGUGUAUUUGCGUGUGUUUUCUCUCAGGGCCACCGUACUUAAACGAUUAUUGCAGCUUUAAUUUUUAAAACCUUUUUUAAAUGGCUCCAUCAAAUGUAGAUCCAGACUGAAUCGUAGUCCUUUAACUUAAACUUGCAGUCUGUGAGUUUUGUGCUUGGAAUCCUAAUAGAGGGAGGAUUUUAAACAAUUAUUCACAAGUAGUCUACAGUAAUGUCUGUCAUGACAUUUGAGACCUCAAUAGAAAUCAUGAGAAACAUUUAAAGAUUUCCUUCUGGUUGCACUUACACCCUCCCUUGAUGGUACUGUCCUUUCCUUAAUUAAUCACAGUGUGGUUAUAUUUUACAAUCUGUAACAUGAGAUGAAAACAGUAAACUAUGUGCCAAUUAUCGAUUUGCAUUGAAAGUGAUGGGGAGCUACCAAAGAACCGCUAUGUGCUUUGCUAUUAGAAAUGUAGCAUUUAUUUUUAAUGUGUGGAUUUCAGACUUUACUCACUUGCCAAUUAAGCGUGCCUCUAAAAAUGAUGCUUGAGUUCACUGUGCUGCAACAACCGAUACACCUUAUAGUCUAACACCUAUACUGUAUACCUAUGUGUUAUUUCACUGCUGACACAUUUUAUCUAAUGUAACGAAUGUGCAGAUGAAUCUACCGGGGAAGUCCACCAUUUCUUCCAUUAUUCCAUACAUGCUUAACAGUGUAUUGAUAUUAAAUUAUUGAUUUUAGGAGUUAGUAUUCUUUCCGGCCACCAGGAGGCACUAUACACUUUCUAUGUUAUUCCACAUGCAGCUUUUCAUGAGUCCUGGUGGCUGUAGAAGGACUGCCUUAAGCAGAAAGGUGGCUAGACUUCCUCAUGUAGCUGUACGUGUGCAAUCUUGACAUAAUUAUAGACUUAGGGGUGUGUGUGUGUGUGUGUGUGUGUGUGUGUGUGUGUGUGCUGUGUUCUGAAGGCUUGUGGUCAGGAUUUCAGGUCAGAAACAGGUUGACAGUGUUUGCUGGUUGUUCUGUAAUAAGUCGCUUUGGAUAAAAGCGUCUGCUAAAUGACUAAAUGUAAAUGUAAUAAAGUCACAGAAGGAAACUA